UUACUUACGAUUGCCUCGGGCGUCUGUGAUCGCGCCGGAACACGACGCGGUCGCGACGCGUUUCAUUCGUGCUCUUCGACCAAAAUAUGUGUCUCUGCGUCGGUGGUCGUCUCUAUUAGUCUCUAUUUCGACUUCGCAAAUCUUGCAGGCUCUCGUCAUGCCGCCAGGGUCGGUCUUUAACUGGUAUUGCGUCGCGCACUCUGUGGCAGACAUCCUCGCCAAUGCAGCGAGGAUUCGAGCGACGCAGCUCGCCUCUGUGGCUAGGCCGGUAGCAGACAGGAACGAUGUGGACCCGGAGAAAGCGAAGCAGGCUGCGAAGAGGACCGUACAAGUGGGCGCGGCGAGCCCGAGCUUGCCCACCGAGAGCUUGAGAGACGAAGCUCCCUCUGCACCUGCUGCUGUCGCCCCGGCUGUAACCAUUGCAUCUGGCCAGAUCAUCCACACGCCUGAACAUGAGCCUGUGCGAAUUGUCCAGUCAAUCUCUGCAAAUGAUGUCAAAUUAUCGCACAUUACAACGGGAGACUUCCCCGCAGCUUCACCAGAUCAAAUCACAACACCAGAAGCCCCACCUGGCGUAGCCAAAAGCAUCAGACAAGGAACGACGUCGGAUGGCGUCUCGCACGAAGCGUCGCCGAUGACUGGAAUGGCUGGGCCUUCUGUUCCUACUGUGGCAGCCUAGUGUUGCAAGAAUCGCUCCCGUGCGCAAACUGCAGUCUUCCAAGGUGC